AUGGGGGGCGCCGUGCACACCGUGGUGGCGCCGAUCGAGCGCGUCAAGCUGCUGCUGCAGACGCAGGACGGCAACGCCGUGCUGCUGGGCAGGGCGCGCAGGUUCCGGGGCUUCGCUGACUGCGUCGCGCGCACCGUCCGGGACGAAGGUGUGCUCUCGCUCUGGCGCGGCAACGGCACCGCCGUCAUCCGCUUUAUGUCAGCUUGUAUGAUUGGACACAGGAAGGGUAAACAAGGCUAUGAUGUCAGCUUGUCAGGAAGGGAUCUGUACAGGAGCAUACUGAAAGAUGCUGGAACCUCAUCAGACAAUAAGUUCACUUCUAUUGCUCUUAGCAACUUGCUGCGCUGGGUUGCAGCACAGACCGUGACAUCCAUGGCAGCCGUACCCACUGGACACGGUGUGGCGGAGGAUGAUGAUGCAGUCAGGGAUGGAGGUGCAGAUGUACAGCAGCACACUCGACUGCUGGAGGAAGAUAUACAGGCUGGAGGGGAUCCGGUCACUCUACCGCGGUGCACUGUCUAA